AUUAGAUAGUUUCAAAAUUGAAAUGCUGUUGAAUCGUGUUAAAUCUGUUACAUCUUUACUGAUAUAUUGCUGGUUGUUUGUUCUUAGUGUUAUUGUUUUAAGUGGUGCGUUGGCUGGUGGGUUAUUAUCUCGGAAACAUGAGGCAUUUGGUCCUUAAGUGGUAAAAUAUGCUUGAGGAUGGUUUGGUUUAUCCAAGAUUCUGUUGAGUUUGAAUUUUGAAGGUGCAAUUGUUGUAUGCAUUUUAGGAUCUCAAAUCAUACUUGUUUAAUUUAGUGGGGUUGGAUAUGACUUAGAAAAUAGAUCCUCGAUCAAAAAACAGCUAUGAGACGAUUGAUUGAACCUGUGGUUGUUGGUUACUUGUUUGUAUGACAUUGUAGCUCCAGUUUCAAUAGGUGAGAAAUUAAUUGUUUACUUGGGGAGAUAUUAUUGUGGCUAUUUAAUACUUUAUAAGUUGGAUGAUUUCGAAAAAAAAAGUAACAUGCUUGAUGAAUGUUUUCUUUGGUAGUAGAAGCAGAGGAUAUACCACUCUUUGAUCUUUAAGGUUGCCACAAUAAAGUGUUUGGUGGCAUGAUUAUUUGGAGUGGCAAACACCCAGCAUGUAGUUUAUGGUUCAAAGUGAUUGUUCUUUUGCAGGUAUAAGAUUUAAAAGUGAUGCAACUUCUGUUCUUCCUGUGAAAAUUAUUGAGUAAACAAACUCCUUAUGGGAAAAUAAGGAGAGUUGGUAAAUCUGUGCAUAUCAACUGUGUUUUGGUUUGACCAGAUUAAGAGCCAACUUUUUGAAUUGAAUUGUGGUUACUUUUGGAAGUUUGGGAUCAUCAAAUAUUCUUGGAUUAUUUGUGAAGAGGACUGAUUUGGUUCAGCAUUAUUAUUCCACUUCACAAAAGCACAAACAAACGUGAAAGGAGCAACUAUGAUGUUCAGCAUUAUUAUUCCAUUUCACUUUUAUCUGGCCAAUUUGACUCAAUUCUAUAGAGCAAUCUGUGACUAGAUUGAGGUGUUAACACAAAUAAAAGAAAGAUUUGAAACUACAUAACCUCUGUCAAUUAGCUUAUCAGAAAAUGAAAAAGGUAUAUUGAAUCUCCCAUCAGUCUAAAUGUUAGGUGGAUACGCGAACACCACCAUUACAAGAAACAAGAAAAAUCUUGAAUCCUUAAUCAAGUUACAAGAAAAGCACUAAUCUUGCUUUAAAUUAUAUUUUGACGCAAAGUGAAAUAGACAAGUAACGAACAUUUUUAAAUUUCAUUUUAAUUCAAGACCGAUCCAUUCUCCAGAGAGAAGGCAAGAAAAUAAUUCUACAAAGAUAUGACAUACCGAUGUUGUAUUAAUCUCUUAUGAGAAUGCCCAUAUAAGUAAGAGAACAUUUGGACUAUAAAAGAAGGAACAAAAAAUAACCUUUUAAACUCACACUUUGUGCAUUGUUUUUGAUAAUACUUUUUAUUUUUCACAGAAAGCGAAAGGUGGUUGUUUAAAAGCUACAAAGAAAACCCGGGAAAUUGGAUAACCGAUUGAGUAGUGAAUGGUCCAAGUGUGAUGACAGGUCGUUAAUUACUCCGGUAUAUGCUUUUAUUCUCCCUCUCAUUCUUCCCCUUUAUCUUCACAGCUCCUUCACUCUGUUGUUGUGUAUUUGCUAUCUCAACAAUGGCGGAAGAUCAUCCAUUGUUGCCGAAUCGCGCCAUGGAAAUAGAACAAACGGAGAGUGGAGGCGAAGCAGCAGCAGCAACAAAGAAGAAGAAAGCUAAACCUGCUCGGGUUGCUUCUCUUGAUGUCUUUCGUGGCCUCUGCGUUUUGCUUAUGAUGCUUGUGGACUAUGGCGGCUCUAUUUUCCCAAGUAUUGCUCAUUCCCCGUGGAAUGGUUUACACUUGGCAGAUUUUGUGAUGCCAUUCUUCCUCUUUAUUGCUGGAGUUUCCCUUGCAAUUGCAUAUAAGAAAGUUUUAGACAGAAAAGGAGCCACUUUGAAAGCUGUGUUAAGGACAUUGAAACUUGUCCUCCUCGGUGUUUUUCUUCAAGGUAAUCUUACUAGCUU